GUCAGAUACCCGGAUGUUGUGACAAACCAAACAGGGAAGGGUGGCUUUCCUCCUUUUUCAGUAUUAUGAAUGAAAGUCUGUUUUUUGAUUUUAGCCCUGACGUCGUUAUUAUCAAACAUUAUCAAUAGGUUUACUGACAAGGAGCUGAACUAAGCUUGUGUACAAUUAGUUCAAGAUGUCUGCCAGCGCAGUGUAUGUCUUGGAUUUAAAAGGAAAGGUCCUCGUGUGCCGAAAUUACCGGGGAGAUGUGGACAUGUCAGAGAUCGAGCACUUCAUGACCCUUCUGAUGGACAAAGAGGAGGAGGGGACCCUCUCUCCAAUCCUGGCCCAUGGAGGAGUUCGUUUCAUGUGGAUUAAACACAAUAACCUCUACUUGGUUGCAACAUCCAAGAAAAAUGCUAGCGUCUCGCUGGUCUUCUCCUUCUUGUACAAAAUUGUCCAGGUCUUUUCAGAGUAUUUCAAAGAAUUGGAGGAAGAGAGCAUCAGAGAUAACUUUGUCAUCAUAUACGAGCUGAUGGAUGAGCUGAUGGAUUUUGGCUAUCCUCAGACUACCGACAGCAAAAUUUUGCAGGAAUACAUCACCCAGGAGGGACACAAGCUAGACACUGGCGCCCCACGACCCCCCGCCACAGUCACCAACGCUGUCUCCUGGAGGUCAGAGGGCAUCAAGUACAGGAAGAAUGAGGUCUUCCUGGACGUCAUCGAGUCUGUCAACCUCCUGGUUAGUGCCAAUGGUAAUGUUCUACGUAGUGAGAUCGUUGGCUCCAUUAAGAUGCGUGUCUUCCUGUCUGGAAUGCCUGAGUUGCGGCUCGGCCUUAACGAUAAGGUUCUGUUUGAAAACACUGGAAGAGGAAAGAGUAAAUCCGUGGAGCUGGAAGAUGUGAAGUUUCACCAGUGUGUCCGUCUGUCUCGCUUUGAGAACGACCGCACCAUCUCCUUCAUUCCUCCGGAUGGGGAGUUUGAGCUCAUGUCCUACCGCCUCAACACUCACGUGAAGCCCUUGAUCUGGAUUGAAUCUGUCAUUGAGAAACAUUCCCACAGUCGGAUCGAGUACAUGAUCAAGGCGAAGAGUCAGUUCAAAAGGCGCUCCACAGCCAACAACGUGGAGAUCCACAUUCCUGUGCCAACGGACGCUGACUCUCCCAAAUUCAAGACCACAGUGGGCAGCGUGAAAUGGGUGCCCGAGAACAGCGAGAUUGUUUGGUCGAUCAAGUCCUUCCCUGGUGGAAAGGAGUAUUUGAUGCGCGCCCACUUCGGUCUUCCGAGUGUAGAGGCUGAAGACAAGGAGGGGAAGCCACCAAUUAGUGUCAAGUUUGAGAUCCCAUACUUCACCACCUCAGGCAUCCAGGUGCGCUACCUGAAGAUCAUUGAGAAGAGCGGGUAUCAGGCCCUGCCGUGGGUGCGCUACAUCACCCAAAAUGGAGAUUACCAGCUCCGGACCCAGUAGGCAGCGCCUCAGCCGGCAGUCGGCAGGUGGAAAUCAGAGGGGGCGGAGUGGAGCCGCUAAUGUGCUAUCAAUGGCAGGUGUCAGUCACGAGACCAGAGGACUGUCUUUUUUUUUUUCUUUAGUUUUUGUAUCUGUUGAAGUUAUACUGAUUUCUGAUCAAUGCAAAUAUUAGUUGGAGCCUUCAGUUAGGUAAGGUUAUCAAAUAUAAAGUAAUUUUGUUUUACAACCGUGUGGCUCCUAAUGUGAGCGUGGCCAAGGAUAGCAGGAGUGAUGUUUACAUCCAACACAGACAGAGCAGAGAUGUACACAAUCUUAUCACAAUGGGUCAAAUGGUUUAAAAGAGUAAUGUUACAAUUCUCAUCUAAAGUUACUGUAAUCACAUCCUCGCAGGUUAACAACACACUCUCCGGUCAGUCUGAGUAGGAUAUUUUUUAUAUGAAGCUGCUUUGUUCUGCCACAAUUCUCAUUUGUUGAUUAUGUGUAUAUAUUUGUUACAUGUUAAUGAACUUCAGUGUUAUUUGUUUGCUAAUUGUAAAUUAAAAAGCAAAGUUAUAUCUUUUUUUUUUGUAGUAUUAUCACCUGUGAUGCCAUUGCCACAUGCCGGAGCAUUGCCCUCCUGGCUCCAUGGCUGUUGUGCUUUUCAUCAAUUUGACUCCUCUGACAUUCAGCUUUGCAGAAAACAUUAAGUUUAAGUCGCACGGUAAAAAGAAUACCAGUUGAAAAUCCAUCUUUUCCCAACCCGACACCUGUUUCCCCUUUUCCCUGUCUGUAACCACACACCUUUUAAAUCAUUAAAUGUCUAUUUAGAGAAA